AUGGAAAAAGGCAUCGAAUUCGACGCCCAUGGUAUUGAGUACCAUCGCUGGGUCUCGGAUAUUGAGCAGACCUUCAUUGCUAAGGAUCUGAUCGAGACCAUAUUCCCUGAUCCAACUCAGGAACCGCCUCAUAAGAGAACAAAAUCUCAGUCACUUAUGUUCCUCCAUAAGCAUAUUGAUCUCACACUGCGCAGGCAGUAUCAAUCGAAGCAUGAUCUAAAAUAUCUGUGGGAUGCACUCGCCGAAUGUUUGGGCAAUAUUCAUUCAAGCCUGCUCCCAGAAUUAAUUGUUCGAUGGGAUGAAAUCCGACUAUUGGAUUACAAGAAGGUUGAUGACUUCAACAUGGAUAUGCUUUGCCUACAAGCUCAACUGAGCUCAUGUGGAGUCGAGAAAAAUGAUGUAGACAUGAUUGAAAAAAUUUUCUCGACCUUCCCUUCUGCUGCUAAGAUCCUCAUGAACCAAUAUCGACUUAAGUUCCAAAAUAAGAGGAUUACAACAUUCAGUGGCUUAAUGACGCAACUCCUUAUGGAAGAAAAGAACAAUAUGACCAACGAUCAGCACAAUUUGCGUCCUGUAGGCACCCGAAAAAUUCCGGAAUCUAAUUACAACAGCAAACAGAGUAAGAAAACUCCGAAACGCAAGGAUCACCAUCGGAAUGAACCUUACGCACGUGGGAAUCAGAGCCAUCGUGCCUCUGGUUCUUAG